AUGUCUUCUCUAUUUUAUCCAACUUCUUCAUUUUCUUCUCCAACCGAAAAAAAUAAAUUUAAAAAUAAUAAAAAAAGAAAACUUCGAAAUGCUGCAUUUAUUUCUGUUGUAUUUUCAACAUUUUCUGUAACAGCUUGUCUUCUCUCUUUUCCUUUAGUAUUUCAUUAUAUACAAAAAUUACAAGCUUCUGUGCAAGGAGAAGUUGAUUAUUGUAAAAUUAGGGAAAAGGAUAUGUGGCAACAAAUGGUUGAAGUCGAAUUAGCUACAAUAGAUUUAGAAGAGGGAACAUUACAAAACAAUGAAAAAGAUUUUUUGCCUUUGGAAUUUUUUGGAUUGAAUGAAAGAAGGCGAAGAGAGGCCGUAGACGAUUCAUUAUGCUGUACUUGUCAACAAGGACCACCAGGGCCAGACGGUCCACCAGGAGAGCCAGGAAAGGACGGGGCACCAGGUGAAGGGCCUGGACCAGCAGGACCGCCUGGGAAAGAUGCUGAACUACACGAUCGUUUAUUGCCUGUUCCACCACAAUGUCCGUGUCAAGCUCCGCCUGGACCAAUGGGUCCCUCGGGGCCGCCUGGAAAUGAUGGCCAGCCAGGAUUGCCAGGAAAAAAUGGAGAAGAUGGACAUCCAGGAAUUCAAGGGCCUCCAGGUCCGCCUGGCCCUCCGGGACAGCCUGGACCUACUGGUCAGCGUGGACCCCCUGGAGAACCAGGCAUUUCAAUACCUGGGGAGAAACCACCACCUGGACCUCCUGGACAGCCAGGACGGCCUGGACCUCCCGGAUCACCUGGAAAGCCAGGACAGCCUGGUAAAGAUGGCGAAAACGGUCCUAGUGGACCACCUGGAGAACCUGGACAGAAAGGACCACCAGGACCUAACGGUCCAACCGGACCCACAGGUAGCCCUGGUUCGUUGGGGGCCGGUGGGUCUUGUGACCAUUGUCCUACACCAAGAUUGGCACCUGGAUAUUGAAAUUUCUAGAAAAAUGUUUAAAGAGUAUUGUAAAAAAUGAUGUAUGCCUUUUAGAAAUUUUU